AUGUCUUCGUCGACCCUCAGGAGGCGCGCCCUACCCGCCGAUCCACAAACAGAAAGCGAAUCCUCAACCCCACGGGAUGAAAGCCCCGAAAAGUCCGAACAGCAUGUCCAGGUUGUACAACACCUGAAGCCCAAGACAAGAAAGCGCCGCAAUACCGCCAUUUUUCUGCUGGGAAGCUUGUUUGGUAUCAUAGCUGCCGGCUUCUUCGCCAAAAGCAAUGACCUCAUCGACUUUCCCGAGCUCGGUGAGCUCAGCAUGGACAGUUUAUUUGAUGUGCUGCCCGCUGGGUUGGUCAAGGAUAUGCGCGAUCUAGUGGUCAGUAACACCUCGUUUCUUGGGCACGAGGGGGACUUGGCGCCUAGCUGGGUUGAACUAACACGGCUACUCGUAAAGCAAGGCGAGCGUGAGUUCGUCGAUAGCUACGACGCCUUCUCAGUAGGUUUACAAGCACGCGCCGAAGGUCUCAAUGCACAUCAUCCCAUGAUCAUGGUGCCUGGCGUCAUAUCAACAGGUCUCGAGUCUUGGGGCACCACCAACGUCUCCCGUCCCUACUUCCGCAAGCGUCUGUGGGGCAGUUGGAGUAUGAUGAGGGCUUUGGUCUUGGACAAGGAGAACUGGAAGAGGCACAUUAUGCUGGACCAAGAAACAGGCCUUGAUCCCCCGCACAUCAAGCUGCGCGCUGCUCAAGGCUUCGACGCCACCGACUUCUUCAUUACCGGGUACUGGAUCUGGAACAAAAUCUUUGAGAAUUUGGCUUCCAUAGGCUAUGACCCGACCAACUCCUUCACUGCCGCUUACGAUUGGCGGCUGGCCUAUCCGAACCUCGAGACCCGCGACCAAUACUUCACGAGGCUCAAGUCCUACAUCGAAACGGCACACGAGUUCUCGGGUAAGAAGACGGUGCUCGUAUCUCACAGCAUGGGUGGACAGGUUCUCUUUUACUUCUUCCACUGGGUGGCGUCCGAGAGUGGUGGUCGCGGCGGCGAUGACUGGGUCGAGCAGCACGUCGAGGCAUGGAUCAAUGUUAGCGGCUGCAUGCUUGGCGCCGUCAAGGACCUUACGGCGGUGCUGUCGGGCGAAAUGCGGGAUACGGCGCAACUUAAUGCAUUUGCAGUAUAUGGACUCGAGAAGUUCUUGAGCAAGGACGAGCGGGCUCAGCUGUUCCGUGCGAUGCCCGGCAUCUCUUCCAUGCUUCCCAUAGGAGGAGACGCUGUCUGGGGCAAUUCCACCUGGGCUCCUGACGAUCAACCGGGGCAGGACCUUUCGUUCGGGUCUCUUCUGAACUUCCGCAGCGGCAUGAACUGGACAACUCCAGACCGGAACCUUACAGUCGAGUCAGCCAUGGAGUACUUGUUCAACACGACAGAAGAGUGGUACCAACGGCACAUCAAGAACAGUUACUCCCAUGGAGUAGCACAUACUGAGGAAGAGGUCGAGGCCAAUGAGAAGGACCCGCGGAAGUGGAUCAAUCCUCUGGAAACUCGACUUCCUCUGGCGCCGAGCAUGAAGAUCUAUUGCUUCUACGGCGUCGGCAAGCCCACCGAGCGAGGCUACUACUACCGAUCUCCUGAGAUGCCAGCCCUCACGAACCUGAACAUCACCAUCGAUACGGCUUACACGCAGGGAGAGGUGGACCAUGGCGUUGUCAUGGGAGAGGGUGACGGCACGGUAAACUUGUUAAGCACGGGUUACAUGUGUAACCGUGGAUGGAACUACAAGAGAUAUAACCCGGCGGGUUCCAAGGUCACUGUCGUCGAAAUGGAGCACGAGCCCGAGCGAUUCAACCCAAGAGGCGGCCCCAAGACGGCAGACCAUGUUGAUAUCCUCGGUAGGCAGCAUCUCAACGAAUUGAUCUUGAGAAUUGCGGCUGGCAAGGGAAACACCAUCUCGGAUUAUGUUGUCAGCAACAUCCAAGAGUACGCGGAUAAAGUCAAGGUUUAUGACGAUGCCUAG